GUGCCGGCUGCCAGGUACUGCAGGCGCAGAAGGAGCCGGAGGUCGCGGCUCAGCAGGAGACAUAAAAGGAGGGAGUUCCGCGCCCACACGCCUCCUUUGCCGGGCCGGCGGCGGUACCUGCGCGCCGGGGGCUGCGGCCAUGGCAUACCCCUAGUGCAGCGGCGCCCCUCCGCCCCGGGCUCCCUGCCCAGCGGCCAGCCGGGCACAAGUUCAUGGUGAUGGGGGCAGCGGCUCCCGCAGCCCUGGGUCUGGAGUCACCGUCCUCCCUGCCCCGGGCGGCCCGGGCACCGAGCCUCCGCCGCGACUGAGCGCGCCGGCUUCGGGAGCCCCCCGGGCGCAGCUGGGGCGCCAGGGGCAGGCGCCCGCCGGGGAUGACGGCGGAGAGCCAGCAGCCCCUGUGCGGGGCCAGCCCAGCCGAGCCCGGUCUCCUGAUCAUGCCCCCGGCGAAGGCGCAGCCGGGGCCCCCCGAGGCGGGGCCGCGGGGCGCCGGCCGGCGGCGGAAGCGGCCGGCACAGCGGGGCAAGCCCCCGUACAGCUACAUCGCGCUCAUCGCCAUGGCCAUCGCGCACGCCCCGGAGCAGCGGCUCACGCUGGGCGGCAUCUACCGCUUCAUCACCGAGCGCUUCCCCUUCUACCGCGACGGGCCGCAAAAGUGGCAGAACAGCAUCCGCCACAACCUGACGCUCAACGACUGCUUCGUCAAGGUGCCGCGGGAGCCGGGCCGCCCGGGCAAGGGCAACUACUGGGCGCUGGACCCCGCGGCCCGCCGCAUGUUCGAGAGCGGCAGCUUCCUGCGCCGGAGGAAGCGCUUCAAGCGCAGCGACCUCUCCACCUACCCGGGCGCCGCGCCCGACGGGGCCUUCGGCGCCCCCGCCGCCUGCUACCCCGCCGCGCCGCCCGCCCCGCGCCGCCUCUUCGGCCUCGGGGGCCCGCCCGGCGCCCAGCUCGCCCCGCAGCCGGCCCGCCCGCUCAGCCCCGAGCUGGCCCCGGCCCCCGCCAGCUCCUGCGCCUUCGCUGGAGCCGCCUACGCCAGCCCGGGCUGCGCCGGGGGCCCCGGCCCCUACCCGUACCCGGGCCCCGGCGCGCCGCUGCCGCUCACCCAGGGGCCCUACGCGCAGGGCAGCGGCCAGCUGUACCCGCCCGGCCGCCUGGCCCUGUCCGCCUCGCCCCAGCUCGGCGGCGACAGCCGGGACUUCUACGGCCGCAUGUCCCCCGGACCCUGCCCGGCGCUGGCCCACGGCUACAGCCCCGGCGCGCAGCUGGGCGGCCCCGGCGCCUACCUGCGCCAUGCGCCCUACCCCGGCGCCGUGGAGAGGUUCGUCCCGGCCAUGUGAGGGGGCCCGGGCUGGCGCUGGAGCGGCCGCCGGAGGGACAGAGCCGCGCCCCCGGGAGUGUGGAGCAGCGUCCCCUGCGGCAGGGAGCCGGCCCCAUGGGCUCCACGGGGUCCCCUCGGGGCCAUGGCUAGCCCGGGCCGCGGGGCGGGGCGGGACACUGAGACCGAAGCCCCCGGCCGCGGCCCAGGACAAGGCGAGUAGUCAGCGUUGUUCCCCUUUGCGUGCGCCCAGAACUGUGCUCCUGGACUCGCCCGGCGUGGGGAGCCAUGGGGCGCGGGGCUGUUCCCCACAUCGCCUGCCUCUCCCUGUCCUCGCUUCCCGCCGGGGCCCUGCGGGGUGCAGGGCAGCACCGAAAAGGGAGAGGGAUCCCAGCUGUGCCUGCAGAAGACCCAAUUCCGCAUGAACCAUAAAGUCCUUCUGGCCCGGACUCAUCGGUCCCUUGGCUCCCGUUUCCUUCGGAUCCCAAAGAGGGGGGCGGGAGGGUCAGCGGUUCUGUUCCUAAUGGCCUUGGACAUGU